UUCAGUAACGCCGCGUUUGCUGAACGCAGCGCUACUUCCGUUCUCGUUCUCCCAGUUUCCCAGAUAUCCAGAUAGUCGAGGGACUUCCAGAGCAUUCAGAGAGCCAUGACGACUAGCGAUGAAAUGGGCAUGGGCGGCAAUUUCUGCCACGACCACAUCCAGCACCCGCUGAUGUGGUGCGAUGAGAAGAAGCGUCUUGUGGAGCGCAAGAAUGCAGAGGAGAGUCUUCGCAUGUGGCGGCGCAGGAAGGCGGAGGAGUGUGCUCGCAAGGAGAAGGAUAAGCAGGAGUACUACGACCUCUUUCACCAACAUUGUCCCUGGGGUCGACCUGGUGGUGGGGCACCCAACGUAGAAGUGCGCCGCAAGGACAUCACAGCCGCAGGUCUUCACUCCACGCCCACAGUGACCAAUGCCCACCGAAUGAAUCUGCUGCAGCCGUGUCGCUACAACGACUUCUUCUCGAUGCAGAAGAAGUGCCACAACAACCCGCUGGCCGCCUACCAUCACCACCACCAUCACGCCCCGCCUGCCCCGCCUCCGGGUGGCCGACUGGGCCACGCGCACUCGGUUCAUCACCUGCAGGAAAGUGGUCCCAGGAGCAGCACCGUAACGAUUUGCGAGCGGGAGAUUCCGCACAAGCCCGGAGCGGCAGUUGGUGUCAAUGUGGCCAAAAACGCCAACGGUGAGAGUCUUCACAUCGAGCUGAAAGAGCAUCCUUCAAUGUCGUUUCGCAAUAAAGGCCAUGUGGACAUAGAAUUGCGUUACAAGCCCUCUCCGCCGUGCAAGGGCAAGCCGCUCCUGGAGAAGAUCGUGGUCAGCGAGAGUGAGCAGCGAUGUCCUUUGCAGGAAAAGCUGGCCACUCAGAAGAAGCGCCUGCAGGCCAAACUAGAAAAGCCGUCCUGCAAGGAGCCCUGGGGCAAGGCGGGUCCGGGCGGCAAGCCCUGGCGGAGUCCCAAGGAAGUGGGCAACACGUUCAUGAAGUCACUGGGUUGGACGAACAAGGAGAUGCUGAAGGAGUUGGACCAAGAUAACCCGGUGACUCCGGCCGAGAAGAAUACCUUUCGCAAAUCGCGACCGGGCAAGCCGCCAAAACCGCAGCGCUGCUGUGAGUUGUGCACUUGCAACUGUCCCGCCAUGCAAAAGAGUCCGUCCAAGCCGUCGCCACUUUCACUUCCCAUUCCGCCGGGCAAGAAGUGCCCGGGUCCGCCAGGUCCGCCGCCCGGAAAGAUGCUGCACCACUUGAAGCCGCAAGACUGCGGCGGCAAGCCCGUCAAGAUGUGCCCCCGCAUGGCGUCGAGAGGUCCCUGUCCCGGGAGCACCAGUACCGCCACUCCGGAUGCCAGCACAGCGGGAGCAAACGGAGGAGCCUAUGGAGAGGGUGGCGGGGUGGAGCUGGUUCCUCUGCUCGCCAGAAGGCGGGGCAUGCACCGACCCAUCAGCCUCUCCAGCACGGACGUGACCAAGAGGACGCCGUCGCACGAUAGGUACGCAUCCAAGCACAAGCAUCCACCAAAGAACUGUCAGCUGACCACCACCAAGAUCAAGUGCAUCAACAGCAUCAUCAAGAACAUCAGCCACAUGAAGCGGCUGCCCAAGAAUCUGAACUGCAAGCUGCAGUGUUGCAGUUGCGAUUGCCCCACGGCCUUGGCCACGGGCUGCUGCCUCAAGCGGCUGACCCUGCACAUUCGCCAGGCUUGAAACCCACGUUCUUUCAAUC